AAUUGCAAAAAACGCCUGAAAAUAUGCAAACAAAGCCACAACAUUUAAUUAAAGCGAUGGAUCUAGAUCCUUUGUUUCCAACUGGUGACAGUAAAUGUAACAAGCGAAAAUCAAAAACAACUAGAAAAUCAUUAAACAAAAAUGCAUCGCGUCGCGUCCGUCCGUCAAAGAAACAUUUUGAUGCAGGCGUUAAAGGUCCUACUAUUGAGUUUUGA